AUGGACACCGCAGUAGCGACCGGUAUACAGGCGACAGCAUGCAAUCCCCAGCUGCAAUGCCCACUCUUCAGCACCCUGCCGGGUGAGAUUCGCAACGAAAUCUUCGCGCUCGCUCUUGUUCAAUACGAAGACAGCGAGAAUGCUUAUCCAGAAGACUCUUACUGGUAUCGUCCGGGAUUUUCGGGUCCGCGAAAGAGCAGUAGCGCACUCCUGCAAACAUGCAAAGCAGCUUACUUUGAAGGUCAAAAGGCCUUCUUGAGAGAGCUUGAAUGGGCUUUCUGGUUUGACCGCGGUCCAGAGGGCCGGACAGGCAUGAAUUCAUGCCUAUCCUUCUUCCGCAAGCUCACGCCUCAACAAUCUCAAGACCUCAAGAAAGUCCGCUUCUUCAUGCAGAUGUUCAGAUUUGAAAAUGGAACUGAGUUGCAUCGCCUCUUCCACCAGCCAAACUUCAACCCGGAGAAGCUCACCAUCACGAUUCGCUACUCUGACUGGUGGUACUGGGAGAGCGACACUCCUCUGCGGAUGAAGGAAGAUUGGCUGCGGCGGUUCAGCGGGCCUCCUGGGCUUAGAGAGCUCAAGGUGGAGUACGAGACCAUCACUCGGAAAAAGGAUGCGAUGAUGAAGAUCGUGGAGAGGAACAAGAAGUGGAAGCUGAGUGUUGGGUACUUGGAGGAGGGCGGUCAUUUAAGCGCCGAGGGUACGAAGCUGGUUGAGUGGAGGUGGCAUGGGAAGAGUGCUCUGGGAGGCACAAAGUGGUAUCAUCAUGGGGAUGGGGAUACGAUGGAAUAUGUUGUCGUGACAGACACCUGGCGAUAUGUUCCGGGCCCGAUGAGUGAGGAGGAUCUCAAAAAGCGAGAGAUUCUGCCUCCUGAACACUACCCCGCCCAGGACUCCGAUGACUCCGAUAGGUCUGAUGAAGAGGAGGAAGACGAUGAUGCUGAUUACUCGGAGUAUGAGAUCGAGGAUGACGACCUUUGA